AGGAAGGCAGGGGGGGAAAAAACCCUCUGAUCCAGAUCCCAGGUGGCAACUAGCCCUGCCUGUGAGUCCCAGGGGGCCUGGCCGCCAGGAUGCUCUGGGCACUGCCUAUGAAUAACUCGGAGGUCUGAAAGCUUUGGAGCUCAGCUCCUGGACUUGCCCAAGACAGAAAGCAUAGCUUACGCUCACCAGGAAGAGUCUCUGCCUGACUUCAGUGGAGCUUGGGCAUUGCCCUUGUCUGGUGGCUGUCUGGUGAGGAGCAGCAUCUAGUUGCCUGGAAGCCAAAACCCCAGAGACCCAGUGGCUGGAAGAGGGGAAUGGAGAAAGGAGGUGGAAGGUGAGCAGCCAGCCUAGGGCAAGAGAUGCAGAGUACAGCCAAUUACCUGUGGCACACGGAUGACCUGCUGGGGCAGGGCGCCACCGCCAGCGUGUACAAGGCCCGCAGCAAGAAAUCUGGGGAGCUGGUUGCUGUGAAGGUCUUCAACUCUGCCAGCUACCUGCGGCCCCGUGAGGUGCAGGUGAGGGAGUUUGAGGUGCUGCGGAAGCUGAACCAUCCCAACAUCGUCAAGCUCUUCGCCGUGGAGGAGACGGGGGGCAGCCCGCAGAAGGUGCUGGUGAUGGAGUACUGCUCCAGUGGGAGCCUGCUCAACGUGCUGGAAAGCCCUGAGAACGCUUUUGGGCUGCCGGAGGACGAGUUCCUGGUGGUGCUGCGCUGCGUGGUGGCAGGCAUGAACCACCUGCGGGAGAACGGCGUGGUGCACCGGGACAUCAAGCCGGGGAACAUCAUGCGUCUGGUGGGCGACGCAGGCCAGAGCAUCUACAAGCUGACGGACUUCGGGGCUGCCCGGGAGCUAGACGAUGAUGAGAAGUUCGUCUCUGUGUACGGGACGGAGGAGUACCUGCACCCUGACAUGUACGAGCGAGCCGUGCUUCGCAAGCCCCAGCAGAAGGCCUUCGGGGUGACUGUGGAUCUCUGGAGCAUCGGGGUGACCCUGUACCACGCCGCCACCGGCAGCCUGCCCUUCGUACCCUUUGGCGGGCCACGACGAAACAAGGAGAUAAUGUACCGGAUCACCACGGAGAAGCCAGCAGGGGCCAUCGCAGGGACUCAGAAGCGGGAAAACGGGCCCCUGGAGUGGAGCUACAGCCUCCCCAUCACCUGCCGGCUGUCCCUGGGCCUGCAGAGCCAGCUGGUGCCCAUCCUGGCCAACAUCCUGGAGGUGGAGCAGGCCACGUGCUGGGGCUUCGACCAGUUCUUCGCGGAAACCAGUGACAUCCUGCAGCGAGAGGUGGUGCACGUCUUUUCCCUGUGCCAGGCGGUCCUGCACCGCGUCUACAUCCAUGCCCACAACACGAUAGCCAUCUUUCUGGAGGCCGUGUAUGAGCAGACGAGCGUGCCCCCCCAGCAUCAGGAGUACCUCUUCGAGGGUCACCCCUGUGUCCUUGAGCCCAGCCUCUCCGCACAGCACAUCGCCCACACAACUGCCAGCAGCCCCCUAACCUUGUUCUGCAUGGCCAGUGAGACCCCCAAAGGGCUGGCCUUCAGAGACCCUGCUCUGGACAUCCCGAAGUUCGUCCCCAAAGUGGAUCUGCAGGCCGAUUACAACACAGCUAAGGGGGUGCUGGGUGCUGGGUACCAGGCCCUGUGGCUGGCGAGGAUCCUGCAGAACGGACAGGAGUUAAUGCUUCGGGGGCUGCACUGGGUUGUGGAGGUGCUGCAGACCACGUCCCGGCGGACGCUGGAGGUCACCAGGACAGCCCUCCUCUUCCUCAGCAGCAGCCUGGGCACUGAGAGGUUCAGCAGCACAGCUGAUAUGCCUGAGAUACAGGAACUGAAGGCGGCAGCCGAGCUAAGGGCCAGGCUGCGGACUUUGGCUGAGGUCCUCUCCAGAUGUUGCCAAAAUAUCUCAGAGACCCAGAUGAGCCUGAACAACCUGCGGCGGGAACUGGUGAAGAGCCGGGAUCAGGUACAUGGAGACAGAAGCAUCCAGCAGAUUCAGUGUUGUCUGGACAAGAUGUACCUUGUCUACAAACAGUUCAAGAAAUCCAGGAUGAGGCCAGGCCUGGGCUACAACGAGGAACAGAUCCACAAGCUGGAUAAGGUGAACUUCAGUCAUUUGGCCAAGAGGCUCCUGCAGGUGUUCCAGGAGGACUGUGUGCAGACGUAUCAGGCGUCCCUGGUCACACACGGCAAGUGGAUGAGGGAGGUGCAUAAGACCAGGAACCACCUGCGUCUGCUGGGCUGUUCUGUGGCCGCCUGUAAUACAGAAGCCCAGGGAGCCCAGGAGAACCUGAGCAAGAUACUUGACCAGCUGUCUUACCAGCUCCUUCAGGACACAGCAAAGGGGGCUCAGGCCUCACCACCCCCCAUGGUCCCUCCUCCCAGCCCUGCUCCAGAGGACCUGAUUCUCCACAUGCAGGAGCUCCGUGAGGAGAUGAAGCUGCUGGCCUUUGACCUCCAGGACAACAACCGCAUCAUUGAACGGUUAAGUAGAGACGCAUCAGCACCCGAUGUCUGAGCCCUGUGGGGCACACAAGGCAUCCAGGAGCAUUAGAGUCAUUCGUUCACAUUGCUCUCCUGCACUGAAGGACCCAACCCAGGGUGAUUAGGUGCCAUCUCAUCAGCCUACCUCCGUCCUGGUCACCAUCCAGGAAAUGUUCCCAGCAUUACUUGCCAUUGCCUGUCCUCCUGGGAAGCAACACGGCUGGACAGGGGUCUCUGGGCAUCUCUGUUGGACCCCACAGGAGGCAGCCUAGCAGCCACUGCUUUGUCUGGCCUGCCUAUCUUAUCCAGGCCUGCAGGGAUGAACUAACUGGUUUGUGGGGAGAAGGGGCUCCAACAGGCUUGCUGUCCCACGCCCUCUGCCCUUCCCAGGGACAAGGAGAAGCCUUCUGGGGCCUCCCUGGGGUGCUGGGUCAUGCCAGUUCAUCUCAAUCUUCCUCUCUCUUAAAAGUUUCAUAUUGCACCAGGCACCAGGCGCCUGUAAUCCUAGCUACUCAGGAGGCUGAGAUAUGAGGAUCGUGGUUCAAAGCCAGCCCAGGCAG